CAUUACCCGACCCAAAGACCAACCUGAACCCAGCGAGAGCGACCAUCCUCCACGCGCAACAGAGCGCGUAGGAAACAAGAGUCGGGGUCCGUACCCCACCCAGUACCCAACCCAACCGGGGUGACUCAAGCAGACCUGAGCGUUCGUACCUAUCGAAAGCUCUGCCGAAACCAUUGCACGAACCAAAACCACACCGCCGCACCGCACAGGGGCUCCCAACCCCGAUGCCCCCCACGCGCUCCGACGGUGGCGCUCCCGCCGAAGUUUCCGAUUCCGACGCCGAUAACGCCGAACAAGAAGAAUCGGAAUAUGAGGAGGUAGAAGAGGUGGAAGAACAAGAGGAAGAAGAAAACGGCGAUGAUGACGUAGAGGAAUACGAAGAAUACGAAGAAGUAGAAGAAUACGAAGAAGUAGAGGAAGUGGAGGAGGUGGAGGUGGAAGAGAAGGACGAGGUGGACCUCUCAGAUUCGCCGAUCGAAGCUGAGGAGGAUCGUAACGAUGUUUGUCAAGAUAUGGAUUUCGAAGGGCAUGAUGGGCCAUUGAGAUCGGGUUCUUCUACUCUAGAAAAUUUUGAAGUGAAGAUGAAAUCUGACACCCUUGCUGUAGAAGAAACCAGUGGUAAUUUCAAAUUUUCUAGUCCUUUAAAUGAGCUAUUGACAACAGAAAAGGAGGAAUCAGGUUUGAACUAUAAGGAUUCCAAGUAUAUAAAAUCAGGGAAAGAUCUGGUUACUGCCGAGGACAAUGGAAGCCAAGAAGUUGUGGUUGAUGAGAAAGAUACUGAGGCCCUUUCAGUAGAGAAGGCCUCUAAAGACUAUAGUAAAUCACCAUGUCGUAGCAAUUCUCAUAUGUGUAUUAAGGAGAAUCUGGAUGCUAAAAACAAUUUUCCUUCUAGCAUCACUGGAAAUGAGAUGGCUGAUGCCAUCCUAACGAGGGAUCACUCAGGUGAGGAGGCCAAUGGUGUUCUGAAUUCUAAGGCAGAAAUUAAGCAAAUGGAAGUGCAGUCAAUGGAUAACAAAAAUCGACUGGAAUCAAGAUUGGCUGCUCCUGAUGCAAGGACUAGAAGUCUGUCCCCUGGUGCUGAGAAUAAGGAUGGAAACAAACCCCCAGCGGUUAUUUGUGACUUUUUUGCAAAAGGGUGGUGCAUCAGAGGUAGUUCAUGUAUGUUCCUUCAUAUAAAAGGUGAUUUGGAUAAUACUGCUGAAAAGCCUGAGGCAGAUGUAGCUGCUUUGAAUCGGAAAAGAAAAGUUCAGCUUGAUGAAGGUUUGGGAGACAUUACUGAGAGAUCAAGGUUGACUGGUUUUCCUGAGCCACUGGCUUCUUCAGUUGAAAGUAAUCUGGUAUUUUCUUCACAUGUCUCUUCAGAAACAAUCAUGCCAAGAGAGCUUGGAGAAACCCAAAGGUGGCAUCAAUUUCAUGAAAAAUAUAAGCUUCCAUUGCUUGGGAAAGAGGAGUUAUCUUCACGCAUCACCCCUGAUUCCCAGCAAUUGCCUUCAUCUAAAGAUGAUCCUGGCUUUGUCUCAUUGUUUAAGGAUGUAGGAAGAGAUAGUCAGAGACAAAAUUGGCCUGCUGACGAUUAUAGCGACCAUGCUUCGAAAAAAAGUAGAGGAAGUUCUACAGUAAGGAAUGGCUUUCUUCCUGAGCAUGGGUUUUCUUCAAAUGGCUCUGUGCUGUUGUCUCGCAAUUACCAUAAUGAGAUCUUCUCUUCUCAUUCAAGCAGUGUGGAGGACAUUUCUAGUAUUCGGAGCCAAUCUCUGAAAUCGGACUCAAUUACUUCUCAUACAGCUAUUGGCAUGUUGCCAUCUCAUUGUAGCUCAGCCUGGAGGGCUUUCUCAUUGCCGAUUAGUUCUUCCUCUUUCAAUACAAGUCCUCUGGACGCUCAAAAGCUGUUGGACAGAGAAAAAGAAUGCCGUGCUUCUAGAUCAUAUUCCCUGCUGCAAAGCUCUUCGCCCUUCUCUGGUUCUGAAUCAGAAAAUCUACCUCUAACCAAUGUACCACUGCACUCUGCUGAACACAAAACAAAAUUUUCUUCAAAUGAUUGGGAGCCUUCUGUUCCUUUCCGACCAUCUUUUUUUAUUCCUCCUAUGAGUAUAUCAGGAAGCCUGUAUGACCCUCUUCGUGAUAGCAUUGAGUCACCCAAGAUAGGAGACCAGUCCUUUAGAGUUUCUCUCUAUAGUCAUGGGGCAUCAAUUGUGGAUGAAUCACAUCGGCAGAAAUAUGGUGAUUUAGUAUUAACUGGGACCCUGGGCCCAGAACGUAAUGAUGAUACAACUUCUGUAUCUUCUCAUAAUAAAUUUUAUGAGAAUGUGUUGGAGAAACGUUGCCAUACACAUAAAAGAGAUUCAAUUACAACUGAAGCUGAGACAGAAGGAACUUCUGUUGACUGGCAAAAUGGGACAACGCCUAAAGAAGAGAAUUGCUUGGGCCCAUCUCAUGGCAAAGAUAUUAAAAAAAUAAGCAAGAUCAACGAUGGUGAUGCUUCCAUCCAUCAAAAUGAUGGGUCAAAACACCAAAAGGACUUAAAAGUAAGUAGGGAUAGACAAGAGAGUGAAAUGGAUGCCGGACAUAAGAUAGAUGGGGAUGUGCAAAAAGAAUCAAAAGCCCUGAGACAUACGCGUGCUGCUCUUAUAGAUCUAGUUAAAGAAUUGUUGAAACCAACUUGGCGUGAUGGUCAUCUCAGCAAGGAUGCACAUAACAUGAUAGUAAAAAAAGCUGUUGACAAGGUUCUUAGCACCAUACAGUCCCAUCAAGUUCCAACCACCAUGGAAUCAGUAAAGCAAUAUCUCUCUUCAUACCGUCCGAAAAUUGAAAAACUUGUUGAGGGAUAUGUUGAUAAAUAUGGAAAAUCUUGAGGCCUAGGCUGAGUGUUUUUGCUUUGUACAGUUUCAUACGCUUGCACUGAAUUGGAAGUCAUCAGCAGUUUCUCUGAGGCUAUGUUUUACAUAAUUUAAACUGAGACAACAUGAUGUUUUAGUUUUCCUUUGUGUGUUAUGCUUCUUUAGUUAUUUUUA